UACCGGUGACGUAUGCAAAGUAUCAUACGUUCAUUAGUUCUCUGAAGGCUUCACCCUGUGCCCUCUAAUUCUCUGUAAGGGUCAAGGAACAGUGGGCUUCCGAUCACGAUAGCUCCAACCCUGAUGCUGUAUCUUAGGAUCUUUCAUUAAUAAAAGAUCUGUGUCAAGAAAACGAACAGCAUGCACGAAAGCACCCCACCCAAUCCCAGCAUAGGUAUAUCAGCUAUACUCAACAGUAGAGGACCCCAUGCAUAAUCAUGUCAACCUCGAAAGCUACCACAACUACUCUUCGUUCCUUUAUCCAGGGCAAGUAUGUUGUGCCCUCUGGCAGCAGUAGUCACUGUUAUGAUUUAGUCAAUGCCGCCACGGGUCAAGCACGUGCUUCCGUUCAAGUGGCUUCCUCGAUCGAGUUGGAUGCUGCCUUGGAUGUGGCAAUGGAAGCACAGCAACGGUGGAAUGUCGAUUUUUCGCCCUUGGAUCGUGCUCGGUUACUGAACCAAGCCGCUCACGUCUUGCAAGAUCCUUCCGUGCAAGAGCAAAUUGCCAUGGCGGAAACUCUGGAUACCGGUCGGCCCAUUAUGGAGACGCGGCACGAAGCGCCCGGUGCCGCGGAUUGUCUGCAAUGGUUUGCGGGAUUAGCGCCCAGUGUGGGAGGACAACAUUUAUGUCUAGCGGGCGGCAGUUUUGGUUACACGAGACGAGAACCCCUCGGUUUGACGGUGGGCAUUGGGGCCUGGAAUUAUCCGCUGCAGUCGGCGGUUUGGAAGUCGGCACCGGCAUUGGCGUUUGGCAACAGCAUGGUCUUUAAGCCGUCCGAAUUAACUCCCACUACGGCACUGAAGCUAGCGGAAAUUUAUCAACAAGUGGGAAUUCCCGAUGGAGUCUUUAAUGUGGUGUUGGGAGAUGGCGCCACGGUGGGCAAGCCUCUGGUCCAAGAUACUCGUCCCAACAAGAUUAGUUUUACCGGAUCCAUGCCCACCGGCAAGACGAUCUACCGUGCGGCGGCGGACGACUUGAAAAAGGUCACUUUGGAAUUGGGAGGCAAAUCUCCACUCAUUCUCUGUCAUGAUGCCAACGUGGAGGCGGCCGUCAGUGGUGCCAUGAUGGCCAAUUGGUAUUCCUCUGGUCAAGUGUGCAGCAAUGGGACGCGGGUCUUUUGUCAUGAAUCCAUACGAGACGAAUUCUUGGAACGACUCGUUGAACGCACGCGCCCAUUGCGAAUAGGAGAUCCUCUCGAUGAUGCCACUCAAAUUGGUCCCAUGGUCUCUCAAGCACACAUGGACAAGGUCCUCAAGUACAUUCAACAUGGGAUCGAGGUGGACCAAGCCACGCUCUUGUACGGAGGAAACCGCAUUAUGGAUCGGGAUGGGUUUUAUCUGGAACCCGCCAUUUUUAUCGAUUGCACCGACGACAUGAAAAUUGUGCAAGAGGAAAUCUUUGGCAUGGUCAUGACUGUCUUGUCUUUUGACGAUGAAGACGAAGUAAUACAACGCGCCAAUGACACGCCAUUUGGUUUGUCGGCGGGAGUCUUUACGCAGGAUCUGCAACGGGCCCAUCGCCUGGUGGCCCAAUUGGAGGCGGGCACGACAUGGAUCAACAAUUACAAUCUCGCACCGGUCGAGUUGCCCUGGGGUGGAUUCAAACACUCCGGACUGGGAUCCGAAAAUGGACUGGCAGGGGUCGAAUCCUGGACGCGCCUCAAAUCGGUCUAUGUCGAAAUGAACACCAUUGAGACGCCGUAUGAUUGAAACAUUAUUUUUAGAGCUAACUAGUAUUAUAAAGCU